AUGGGGAAACGCCUCUACAACGAGAUUCAUCAUCUGGCCAGCGAGCCCGUCGAAGGCGCAUAUGCCUUCCGCACGCUCGUCUCCGUGUGGCUCGGCAGGAGUGAGGCACGAUACACAACCUUUCGACGCAUCGCGCGGAAGGCAGGCUGGUGCCCGCGCGACGAGCACGAGAUGGUACGCAACUUCAUUGUCGAUGUCUUCCGAGGUCCCCAUGCGCCGUUUGCGGGGCUGCGGGAUGACGAGUCCUACCUUACAACACGGUAUCCCCGGUUCUUUGCGGCGACGAUCGAGGAAGAGGGCAUUGCGUAUGAACGUCGGGUUGUUGAUUGA